GAGCUCCUUACUCAACUAUGCAACACAAGUCUUAGUUCUGUCCUUUCCUUCUCUAAGUAUAGUGGUUCCAGUUCAAAAUGAAUAGCUUACAGAAGUUGAAACAAUGGUCUUUUCUAACAAUUGCUUUGGCAAUUUGCUUAAUAGCCAGCACUGUUGUUGCUGAUUACUCUUAUGAGUAUACUUCACCCUCACCUACUCACAACUCUAACAAGUACUACAAAUCACCAUCUCCUUCCAACUAUCAUGUGCCCACUCCUUAUUAUAAGAAGCCUUAUCCAUCACACUAUUACUAUAAAUCACCAGUACCUUCAAAGCACACUUAUUACAAAUCGCCAUCACCAGCAAAAUAUUACAAGUCACAUGUUCCUUCAAAACAUUAUUACUACAAGUCACCCAUUGUAACCAAGUAUUACAAGUCACAUGUUCCUUCAAAGCACUAUUACAAGUCACCCGUUACAACAAAGUAUUACUACACGUCCCCAACUCCUUCAAAGCAUUAUUACAAAUCACCCGUUCCUUCUAAGUAUUACUACAAGUUCCCAUCGCCUACAAAGUACUACAAGUCCCCAUCUCCAACAAAGUACUACAAGUCACCUACUCCAUCAAUAAAUUAUUACUACAAAUCACCCUCUCCAACAAAAUAUUACAAAUCACCCACUCCAUCUAAAUACUUCAAGUCACCUUCACCAACAAAAUAUUACAAGUCACCAGUUUACUACAAGUCACCUCCAUCUCCACCAAAAUACUACGAGAAACCACCAACUUAUUACAAUUCUCCACCUCCACCAUACUACAAAGAAUCUACACCUUCCUAUAAAUCUUCUCCACCUCCUCCAAAGACCUAUGAUCAGUCACCUACAUACUAUUCAUCUCCACCAUCACCGUACUACAAAGAAACACCAACGUAUGCCUCGCCGCCACCACCUGAGAAGUACGAGGUAUCUAUCACCUAUGCUUCACCGCCGCCACCUGAGAAGUACGAGGUCCCUCCCACCUAUGCUUCACCUCCACCCCCACCACCAACCUAUUACUAGUAGUCAAAACCAUUUUUUUUCAAUCAUUUUCCCCCACCUUUGGGGUUAUCCAUUUUCUUUUAUGCUUCCUAAUAUGACCGGCUUUGAUUGUUGUGUGUUCUUUUCGUAUUAAUAAUUCGUAAUAUUUAUCUUUGGA